AUGCUCAAGACAACAACAAAGAGAGCGUCCGAGUGACACUGAGAGACUGUCGUGUUUUUUAUCAUUCUGAAUGAGAAUCACAAAAUAAUAGAGUGAAAUUUGUGUUUGUUUAUUUGUUAAACAAAUUGCGGCAAAAGUCCAAAAGCAACAACAGCGGCUGGGCAGCGCUCUCUCAAUCGCUCUCAUUCAUUCCAUGAUCACGGAUCGUUUUCGGUAGCGGCGGGUGCUUCUCGUUUGCCUCUGUGUGUGUGUCGUCAUUAUUUGUUGUCUCUUGUUUUUUUUUUUAUAUUGUUGUUUUUUUGAAUUUAAUUAAUUGUAUGGCAACAACAUACAUAAAGUCGCGAAAAAUCAUUGUGUGCACCCGUCCGUCCCGUCCUAUUCUGUUCUUCCCGCUCUUGAUUUCGUGUGUGUCUGUGUGUGUGUGGGCCAUGAAAAUAUCACAUGAACAUGCAGAUUCUGGCUAAGAUUGUGAGGCUGUGUUAGUGUGCGAUCAGCGAUUCCUUCAGGAUUCGAUCCGAGAAGAUGGUCAAAUCUCUGGUUUCCAAGCUGUCGACAGCCUCCUCAAAUCUCUCUCUGGCCAGCACCUUCGGCGUCGGCAGCAGCCACAGCAGCAGCGCGGCAGAGGAAACAAAUUACGCAAAACAUCGCAAUGAUCCGGGACGAUUUUUCGGCGAUGGCGUUCAAUUCAAGGCCAAACUCAUUGGAAUAUUGGAAGUGGGCGAGGCCCGGGGCGAUCGCAUGUGCCAGGAGGCGUUGCAGGACCUCAAGAUGGCCAUCCGUGCGGCGGGGGAGCACAAGCAACGGAUAACCAUCCAUGUGACGAUCGACGGGCUGAGGCUGCGGGACGAGAAAACAGGCGACUCGCUGUAUCACCAUCCGGUGCACAAGAUAUCCUUCAUCGCCCAGGACAUGACCGAUUCGCGGGCGUUCGGCUACAUCUUUGGCUCGCCGGACAGCGGGCAUCGGUUCUUUGGCAUCAAGACGGACAAGGCGGCCAGCCAGGUGGUGCUGGCCAUGCGCGACCUCUUUCAGGUUGUCUUCGAGCUGAAGAAGAAGGAGAUCGAGAUGGCCCGCCAGCAGAUCCAGGGCAAGUCCCUGCAUGAGCACGCCAGCCAGCUGGCCUCCUUAUCCGCACUGAGAGCUGGAGCAGCGGGUCAUGCAGAUCUCGCCAGUGGCGGCCACUCCCUCACCCUGAGCUCCCUCUGCGGUCAGGAUGCCUACUCGAAUGGAACCGCGCGGCUGGGCGUCAAUCUGGACGUGGCCAAGACUUCGGGAGCAGCAGCCAAAGAAAUCUCUCCCGAAUCUGUGGCGGAUCUGGUGGAUCUGGAGCAGGAGUUGACCUCCCUGCAGCGCGGCAUCACCCAAAUGGAGAGGAUUACGCCCAGCGAGCCGGGCAUGCACCAUCCCUCCAGCGGCGGAGGUGGCGGCGGCGGCGGCGGGCAUCCCGGCAGCCUGGCCAAAUCCGCCAGCGAGGACGAUCCCUUCGGGGACUCCUUCAUCUGUGUGCCAUCGUACAGCAUCUUGCCGCCGCCGCCUGAAUCGGGCCGUAACCGACACAAGCCCCAGAAGACACCCGAGUCUGCUGCCGCCCUGGAUGCCAUCCUCUCGCCUCCUCCUCCCGGGGUGCGUUCCUCCCCAGCCCCGGGCGUUGCCAGUCAGGCCUCUGGCGUGGACAAUGACGACGACAGCUGGCUGAACGAGUUGGACCAGCAGAACGAUGUCUUUGACACCACCAAUGUGGUGGCCGCUGUCCUGUCGAUGGCUCCUCUGGCGGCCAGCGAAUCCACGGCCACGCCCACGCAACAGUUAACGGAAAUGUCCGCUGCAGCAGUAGCUACAGCAUCUGCGUCUCUGGCGGAUCUCGACAUGGGCGGACUGGCGGGCAUUACGGGCACAGCAACAGCAACAGCAGAGGAGCCAGCAAUCAUGUCGCUGGAUGCAUUCACGGAUCUGGAUCCGCUGGGCACCGGUCGCACCCGGCCGUAUGUCGAUAAGAAAUACUUCUUCCAAGAGCUUAAGAAUCCACCCAAGAAGCUGCUCAAGGAGCUCAGUGGUGCGGGUGCCGUCGGUUUGGGUUUGGACACCGGCAGUCUCUUUUCCACGGAAGAGGAAACGGGUUCGGGUGCGGGUGCGGGUGGUGCCAGCAGCACCACUGCCAUCGCUACCAUGACCACCACCACAGCAGCUACUAACAUCACAGCAGGGAAUUCCGAUCCGCUACUAACCACCGCUGCAGCCACCAGUGGCCGCUUGGGCGGCAGCCACCAGCAGCACCACCAUCACCACCUGCUACUAACCAGCUCCAGCGCCGCUUCCGCUCCCGGUCCCGCACCCACACCCACACCCACACCCACAACCAAUCCCACCUCCGUUCCUGCUCCUGCUCCCAUUCCCACGUCCGCUCUAUCUUUUCCCAUUUUAUCCGCCAGCGCCGAAGACUUUUCGUCCGCAAAGCUGAAACUUUUGCUUAGAAGAUCGCCCCUCACUAAUCCACCACCACCGCCAAUACCCACUUAUCCCCCCACCUGUGGGUCCACCUAUUAUACCACAGAACCGCUGCCGUCCUCCAUCAACGCGACGACGACGCUGGAGGAUCAUCAGGAGACGGCGAAUCCGGUGCUGCUGCCCCGCGACACCGAUCCCUUCUCGCCGACGCGCAAGAAGAGCGACCCGGAUCCCUUCCAGGAGGGUGAUCUCUUCGCCAAGCUGGAUGCCUUCGAGUUCGAUGCACCUGCCCCCGUGGCUGUCGCAGUGGCCGCCGCAGUCCCAGUUGCACCCGACGGAGCCAGGAGCAACGCUUUUAAUGGACCGCUUCAAGUGCAGCUUCCCCCGGAGAAAGGGGAGCAGCAGAUGAGCACCGUGAGGAAUCGGCCUACUGUCUCCGCCUCCUCGCUGCCCAAUCCUCUGGGCGGAGGCGGAGGCGGAGGAGGGGGACCCCUGGAUGUCAUCUCCAGCAUCAGCAACAAGAAGAUGCCGCAUCUGUUUGGCCAGGCGAGGGGCUUCUCCAAGCGCGGCGACUCCUCCUCCUCGGAGAUCGGUUCCAGCGUCAAUAUGCGGCGCCUGCAGGAGAGCGAUUCCCUCAGCGAAACGGAGGCUGCCCCGGAGCCCCCGCCUCGUCCGGACUCGGCCCCCUGUUCUGGGCCACCGCCACUGCCGCCCAAGAAACAGUUCAGCGACCUGGUGAUCCGGCCGAGUCCCGCUCCGCCGACUGCCGGUCGGUAUGAGUAUCUGAACAGCAGUUCCUCUUCGACGCGACGCACCCUCGCGCACUCUCUGCCGGACGCGCCGCCGAUUCCAUUGCCCUCGCGUCGCGUGGGACGCACGGAUGCCUGCUUUCCGGGUCCCGGCCGCCCAAGGAAGCCCCAUCAGACGGAGGAUGACUAUAUGAUGCCGCUGGGACCGCCGCCACCACUGCUGCCGCCUCCGAAUCAGGCAUCAUCGGCAGCAUCAUCGUCCACGGCCAGGGCGCGUCCCCAGCGGCAGCAAUCGCUGGGAAGGCCGCAGGACAUUUACGAGAACAAGGCGGAGAUCCUGGCGCAGGCAGUAGCCCACGAGGGCCCGGCAGGCCCCGCUCUGGCUCCUGACAUCACGCUGACGCAGUUGCUCACUUUGGGAAUUGAUGAUCUGGCCGUGAAGCUGAAUGUUCCCGCCACAAAGCUGAGCACAAUGACCCUUGUGCAGCUGACGUCCUACCUAUCGGAGUACUUGUCGUCCAGCGAGAAGACCAGCCAAUCCCUGGCUGCCCCCGCGGCUCCGGCUCCUGUCGCCCCACCACCAGCCACAGUCGCCGCCGCCGCCAGCGCCACAGCCUCCUCCUCCUCCUCUGCGGCGGUGUUCAAAGUGAGCUUCGAUCAGCAAACAUCCUUUGUGGCCUCCUUUGACGACACCUUUGGCGAGGACGAAGCAACGGCGCGAGUGUCCUCGCCGCCCAAGGAGGCGCCCAUUUUUGAGGCGAACUUUGCGAAUUUCAACGAGGCUCCGAUACCGGCGGCGGCUGCAGCGGUGGCUGUGCCCUCGGCGGAUCGCUAUGCGGUCUUUCGCGAGAUCAUCGACCAGGAGCUGCAACAGCAGCAGCAGGAAACGGAUCUCAUGGGGGAUCUCACGCCGCCCCCCGUCGACGAGCAGGAGGCGGCGCCAGAGCCGUCCUCCCUGGGCCUGGGCUUGGAGGCGCACACGGAGAUUCCGCUGAUCGAUUCCAUUGGCACGAGAACCGCGCCACCGUCUGCCCCGCCGCCGCCGCUGCCAAAGAUCGACACAAAAAUCACCGAAGUGGUGGCCCAGGCCAAGGAUCGCUAUGCCGCCCUCAGGGACAUCAUUCUGGUGGAGAAUCUCUUCGACAAGCCGCAGCCGCCGGCGCAGGCGCAGGCCUCCAAGGCGCCGCCGGAGAAGGAUCUGCUACAGGACUUUCCCGAAUUCAGUGACGAAUUCAACGAGGAUCAGGACCUGCGGCAGAUCAUGGACCUGCCACUCGCCGAGCAGCAGCAUCCGCAGGAUCGGCACGGCCUUGUGGACAGUCGCGGCUUCCCCGCAGAGCCCUCGUCCUCUGCUCUGACCGUGGACGACGAUGACGAGGACGAGGAUGCAGAUGCGGGGGGAGAGAGCAGCAUGGACAGCAACGAAAAGGACGGAGAGGAGCCGGUGAGCGGACAGGAUCAGUACGAGAAGCUGUCCACCUCCACACAGCAGCUGGAUGCAGUGGUUCCUGCUUCUCUUUUGGAGGAGGAAUCCUCCUCCGUUCCGCUGCCUCUCCGCUGUCCCAAGCAGGAUCACAAGUUCCUGUCUGUGCUGACGGCCCCCCCAGGAGGCGGCAGUGGCAGUGGCAGUGCGAAAGAUGACAUCGAAAUCGAUGAGCUGAUGCAUCGCGCCAUCUCCAAUCUGUCGCUGGACUCGCGGGAGCGCCUCUCUCCGGCCACCUCCUCGGCGGCACCCUCCAGAGGAGCACAGAGUCUGGGCGUGCACACGCCCUCGCAGCAGCAGUUCAACGAUGUCAGCACUUCGCCCAUUCCGCUACAGAAAUCGCAAUCGCCAGCUGCACUGCAGCCCUCGCCCGUGCCAUCGCAUCUGUCGGCCGUCUCUCAGCUGAUAGACACCGCCACCAAGCAGAUGAUGAGCGAACGCGAACGCGAGCGCGAUCGCGAAAGAGAGAAACAAUCGUGGGCCACCUUUGACUCCCCCAAGGCCACGGGCAAGGGCAAGGCACGCCUCACGCUGCCACCGCCGCCGCCGCCUGCCUCCAAUACCUCGCAGCAGGACACCGCAGAGUCGCCGUGCAGCUCGGAUCCCCGCGACGAUGGCUGGUCGAAGCAGCAGCGCCGUUGGGCCAAGAAGGAGCGCCAUCAGACUUCGUCCUCGUCGAGGGAUCUGAGUCCUUGGGACGACGAGACGCCAGAGUAUCUGAAGAGACGGCAGCAAAUGCCACAUCCGCAGGUACAGCCGCAGACGGAUCGUCAUGGUUACUAUAUGAGGCAUGCCAGAAGAAUGAACUCCUGCGAUGAGGAUUACGACUACGAUGCAGAGCUGAUGGCUCGCAGGGAAAGAGAACAGCUGCAGCAAAGGAAGUUCAAGCAUGGCCUCUCCCGCAGCAGGGAUAACUUUGAUCUGGAUUCCCCCAGUUGGUAUCAUCAUCCCACACAUCACACCUGGUCGCCGCAGGAAAUCGAACAAGGAGUGCGAUCGAGUGGCCGAUCGUUUGAGCGCAGCGCCUACGAGCGCUCCAGCUAUGGGCCACCCAUGUACGCGGACAAGCGGGGCGGACAGCAGCAGCAGCAGCAGCUGCGGAGCAAGUAUCGGGGGGAGCGAGAGCGGGACCGCGAUCGAGAGCGCGAGAGGGAGCGCGAGUACAGGGACUAUGCGCGUCCCAGCUACGACUUUGACUACGAGAACGUGUACGAGGAGCAGCGCGGUGGACGCUCGCCCAUGGCCUACAAAUCGAGUGGCCGCGGCGGAGGAGGAGGCGACUAUCUGUACGAGAGGGAGAGGGAGCGGGACAGGGACAGGGAUCGCAAGUCCUUCGAUCGCGAGAGCCUGGAGUCCUUUGAGAGCGCCACGCGGCGCAGACGUAGCUUUGGCAGCGGCAACGAUGUGUACGGAAGCCUCGACAGCCGCGACGAGUAUCGUGGGGGCGUGGACCGAGAGCGCGACAGGGGCGAACGGGAUCGCGAGCAAAUGAAGACGCGUUCCCUGAGGAAGCCCACCACCACCUCGGGGAAGCUGCGCAUCAGCGGGGACAUUGACUACGAACAGGAUUCGGAGCAGGACUUCCAGCAGCGCGAGCGUGCAUCGGUGAGGAGUCUGCAGCGUCCCAGUCAGCUGGGAGCCGACGUGGUGCUGCCCAUCGGCGGAGGAGGAGGUGGCGGCGUUGGCGGUUCCCAGCGACUGCGCAAGAGCAGUGGCUCCAGUCCCUGGGAUGGCGAGGAACCUGCUUUGCCUGGCCAAAAGUCCUGGAAGCGUCCGGCAAGUGCUGCCGAGACAGAGCGACGUCUGGCGGAGAGUCGUCGGGCCGUGGCCUUGGGACAGACCCCCUCCGAUGGGGAAAAAGAGAGAAGAUUCCGCAAGAAAACUCGUGCACGCAGUGCCAAAGACUUGGCCUCUGUUGGCGGCCCUGGCCCUGGCUCUGGCUCCUCCUCGAUUGUGAAUCCCCCACCCCCUCGCUAUGUGGGCGGCAGUGGGCGUGGCAUUCGGGAUAACUACGAUUAUAUGAGCAGCCAUCAGCAGCAGCUGCAGAAGCAGAUGCAGCAGCGCAAAGAUGUGGAUGUGGACGACGACGAUGUGGCCGACGACGACGAUGACGAUGAUGAGGAUUAUGCGGAUGAUGAGCCGCCUACGGAUGAGGAUAAGUUCGAGCGAUUGAAUCGCAGGCGCCACGAGAUGCACCAGCGAAUGCUGGAGAGCGAGCGCCGUCAAAUGGAGCGACAUCCCACGCUGUCGAAGCUGCAGUCAACGCAGAAUCGUUCUCGCGGCGGCGGAGGUGCCGUAGCCCCCCCGGGGGUCAACAGUGACUAUGGCUUUGUGGAUAGCUACGAGCAGACGCCCACACCGACGCCCCGAUCGAAUGCCAGCAGCACGCCCGCCGGAUUGAUGAGCAGCGGCAUGCUGGGCAGCGGCGGGGAGUCCUCUGCAGGCGUUGGCGGUGGCAAGUUUAACUUUGACGAUGGCUUCGAAUCGGACUUCAAUCAGAGCUCCCCACCGCCAGCGCCCGCUGGCACGGCCUCCAGCUGUAAUUCAACGCCCGCGGGCCCCAUCUCGGGUGGCAGCGUGGCCAGUGGCGGCUCCAAGUCUCUGUUUCGCUUCUCCAAUGACUUUUCGGAGAAGGGCGGCGAGAAGAGGGAGCACUUUGAGAUGGAUCCUCCGGCGACUUCAACGCCACCCAUAACCCAAAAGCUGCGAUUCGAUGAUAAUGUCAAGAUCUCGCAGUUCGAUGAUGCUGCCUUUGAGGACGAUUUUGCCAAGGCCUCGUUUGACUUUGAAAAGGAGCAGACGAGUGCAGGAGGAGGUGGCGCCACAGCAGCAGCUGGAGGAUCUGUUGCUUUGACCAGAAAACAAAAUAUGCGCACCACAAAGCUGCAACAGCGGCAGGAGCUCAUCAAGAAAUCGGAAUCUGUUAAUAUAUUUGCCAAAAAGCAAGAGGAUCCCUUCGAGGAUGAUGAGUUCUUCAAGUCACCCGACCAGGACCAGCAGAAGGACAAUGAUGGAGAGGCCGCAGUCACUGCGAACAAUAAAUUCCAAUGGAACGAGAAUGAGAACUUUGCGAAAUUCGAUGAAAAUAUGUGAUUUGAUCAACUCUUUGCCCAGGCCAU